UGCACAUAUGAGGGAAAAUAUGGAACUGCCGAUUACAUAACACCUAUUCCAACGUCUAUGAUUUUGAACGGAACGUUGAAGCUAUACGUCUUCCUCAAAACUGAUCCAGGGAGGAGAGAAGUGUUGAAUGUCAUUGACCUGAGGGUAGUGCAGCGAGAGAAGAAACCGCACAGAUUGGCUGUUUGUACAGGUCCAGUCUGGUUUUAUGCAGAAUGGGCCAGUCUUCCACUUUUUUUUGAGAUUCGCAUAAUUAGUAAUUUACAGACGUGGAUUGCGAAUGGCGCAACAAAAUUUUAUUUUUAUGUCAACAGCAUUACGAAGGAGGUUGACGGAAUUUUUCGUAUUUACGAAAACGAUCAGAAUAUUAGUGUAGAACGUGUGCAGUGGAAUCUAUUUCCUACAGAAGCAGAUGUUCCAGAUGAACAAAACCCUAACAGUCUUAUACAACUCGGAGCAGUAAUGUUUAUCGCUGUAAUCAGGCGUUCAGCAAGAACUUUUGAAGCAUUUAAGCUUCAGUUUUAUUUGGUUCAUAAUCUCCUCUAUCUAGCAAGUAUUCGUAUGGAAUGA